AUGGGCCGUGGGGCCGGCCGCGAGUACUCGCCUGCAGCCACCACUGCAGAGAAUGGGGGUGGCAAGAAGAAGCAGAAAGAGAAGGAACUGGAUGAGCUGAAGAAGGAGGUGGCCAUGGACGACCACAAGCUGUCCUUGGAUGAGUUGGGCCGCAAAUACCAAGUGGACCUAUCCAAGGGCCUCACCAACCAGCGGGCCCAGGACAUUCUGGCUCGGGAUGGGCCCAAUGCCCUCACCCCGCCCCCGACAACCCCUGAGUGGGUCAAGUUCUGUCGCCAGCUUUUCGGGGGCUUCUCCAUCCUGCUGUGGAUCGGGGCCAUCCUCUGCUUCCUGGCCUACGGCAUCCAGGCUGCCAUGGAGGAUGAACCAUCCAACGACAACCUCUAUCUGGGCGUGGUGCUGGCAGCUGUGGUCAUCGUCACCGGCUGCUUCUCCUACUAUCAGGAAGCCAAGAGCUCCAAGAUCAUGGAUUCCUUCAAGAACAUGGUGCCUCAGCAAGCCCUUGUGGUGCGGGAAGGAGAGAAGAUGCAGAUCAACGCAGAGGAGGUGGUGGUGGGAGAUCUGGUGGAGGUGAAGGGAGGGGACCGCGUGCCAGCAGACCUCCGGAUCAUCUCUUCUCAUGGCUGCAAGGUGGAUAACUCAUCCCUAACGGGCGAAUCAGAGCCCCAGACCCGCUCCCCCGAGUUCACCCAUGAGAACCCCCUGGAGACCCGCAACAUCUGCUUCUUCUCUACCAACUGUGUGGAAGGCACGGCCAGGGGCAUCGUGAUCGCCACAGGUGACCGGACAGUGAUGGGCCGCAUCGCCACCCUGGCCUCAGGCCUGGAGGUGGGGCGGACGCCCAUCGCCAUGGAGAUCGAGCACUUCAUCCAGCUGAUCACAGGCGUGGCCGUGUUCCUGGGGGUCUCUUUCUUUGUGCUCUCCCUCAUCCUGGGCUACAGCUGGCUGGAGGCUGUCAUCUUCCUCAUCGGCAUCAUCGUGGCCAACGUGCCCGAGGGGCUGCUGGCCACCGUCACCGUGUGUCUGACCCUGACCGCCAAGCGCAUGGCGCGGAAGAACUGCCUGGUGAAGAAUCUGGAGGCGGUGGAGACGCUGGGCUCCACCUCCACCAUCUGCUCCGACAAGACGGGCACCCUCACCCAGAACCGCAUGACCGUCGCCCACAUGUGGUUCGACAACCAGAUCCACGAAGCUGACACCACGGAAGAUCAGUCUGGGGCCACUUUUGACAAACGGUCCCCCACGUGGACGGCCCUGUCUCGGAUCGCCGGUCUCUGCAACCGUGCUGUCUUCAAGGCCGGGCAGGAGAACAUCUCUGUGUCUAAGCGGGACACGGCCGGCGACGCCUCUGAGUCAGCUCUGCUCAAGUGCAUCGAGCUGUCCUGCGGCUCCGUGAGGAAGAUGAGGGACAGAAACCCCAAGGUGGCGGAGAUUCCUUUCAAUUCCACCAACAAGUACCAGCUGUCCAUCCACGAGCGAGAAGACAGCCCCCAGAGCCACGUGCUGGUGAUGAAGGGGGCCCCGGAGCGCAUCCUGGACCGCUGCUCCACCAUCCUGAUGCAGGGCAAGGAGAUCCCUCUGGACAAGGAGAUGCAAGACGCCUUUCAGAACGCCUACAUGGAGCUGGGCGGGCUGGGGGAGCGCGUGCUGGGGUUUUGUCAACUGAAUCUGCCCUCUGGGAAGUUUCCUCGGGGCUUCAAGUUUGACACGGACGAGCUGAACUUCCCCACAGAGAAGCUCUGCUUCGUGGGGCUCAUGUCCAUGAUCGACCCUCCCCGGGCUGCCGUGCCGGACGCCGUGGGCAAGUGCCGCAGUGCCGGCAUCAAGGUGAUCAUGGUGACCGGGGACCACCCCAUCACAGCCAAGGCCAUCGCCAAAGGUGUGGGCAUUAUAUCAGAAGGCAACGAGACUGUGGAGGACAUUGCAGCCCGGCUCAACAUUCCCGUCAGCCAGGUCAACCCCAGGGAAGCCAAGGCGUGCGUGGUGCACGGCUCUGACCUGAAGGACAUGACGGCAGAGCAGCUGGACGAGAUCCUCAAGAACCACACGGAGAUCGUGUUCGCGCGGACGUCCCCGCAGCAGAAGCUCAUCAUCGUGGAGGGCUGUCAGAGGCAGGGGGCCAUUGUGGCGGUGACCGGGGACGGCGUGAACGACUCCCCCGCGCUGAAGAAGGCUGACAUUGGCAUCGCCAUGGGCAUCUCGGGCUCCGACGUGUCGAAGCAGGCCGCCGACAUGAUCCUGCUGGACGACAACUUUGCCUCCAUCGUCACGGGCGUGGAGGAGGGCCGCCUCAUCUUCGACAACCUGAAGAAAUCCAUUGCGUACACCCUGACCAGCAACAUCCCCGAGAUCACCCCCUUCCUGCUCUUCAUCAUCGCCAACAUCCCCCUGCCUCUGGGCACCGUGACCAUCCUCUGCAUCGACCUGGGCACUGACAUGGUCCCCGCCAUCUCCUUGGCCUACGAGGCAGCAGAGAGCGACAUCAUGAAGCGACAGCCGAGGAACCCCCAGACGGACAAGCUGGUGAAUGAGAGGCUCAUCAGCAUGGCCUACGGGCAGAUCGGGAUGAUCCAGGCGCUGGGGGGCUUCUUCACCUACUUCGUCAUCUUGGCGGAGAAUGGUUUCCUGCCAUCGAGGCUGCUGGGAAUCCGCCUGGACUGGGAUGACCGGUCCAUGAACGAUCUGGAGGACAGCUAUGGGCAAGAGUGGACCUACGAGCAGCGGAAGGUGGUGGAGUUCACCUGCCACACGGCCUUCUUUGCCAGCAUUGUGGUCGUGCAGUGGGCCGACCUCAUCAUCUGCAAGACCCGGCGCAAUUCAGUCUUCCAGCAGGGCAUGAAGAACAAGAUUCUGAUUUUUGGGCUGCUGGAGGAGACGGCCCUGGCGGCCUUCCUGUCCUACUGCCCGGGCAUGGGGGUGGCCCUGCGCAUGUACCCGCUCAAGGUCACCUGGUGGUUCUGCGCCUUCCCCUACAGCCUCCUCAUCUUCCUCUAUGACGAGGUCCGGAAGCUCAUCCUGCGACGGUACCCCGGAGGCUGGGUGGAGAAGGAGACAUACUACUGA